UUUAGACGUUUGUUUAGAGGAAACUGCGUCACAAGAUGCCCAAACGUUGCAGAUUAACUGAGAAAGUUACAUUUCAUAAAUGCGUUGUAUUGUAAGAUGAAGCGGUUCCAUAGGAGAGGAAAAUCCACUUUGACUGAUCGAGAUCAGCUGAAUCCUGAGAUUAUCGAGGGGGCAGAGUUUUACAGAAUAACAGCUGAUAAUUAAAGAAACCUAAGAAGCAGAUUCGGCCUGGGGCAGGAAAGCUGCACAAUCCGUAAGCAGAGGCAAGGUCCAUCACGGGGCAAGCUGAGCCAGGGAGAAAAAGUAAGGACCGAUAUCAAUUGGCGUCACGAACAGGAUACAGAUCUAAUGAGAGGCUGCAGGCAGCCACACCCGACCGUGUGUGCGCCCCUCCUUCAUCGGCAAAGUUGACUCAUAACAAACUGUAAGAGGACACCAGGCGAGGUUUGCCCUGCAGUCUGAGGCCACAAAUAUCUGCAGCUGAAGCCUGAAAACGUCCCUCCAGAAGUUUGACUUUAAAGAAAGAAGAAAGAGCCCAGUUACCGUCAACAUGAUCGGUUUGAGGAUUGGUGUGCUGCUUCUUCUUCUUGUUGCUGGGACAUUAACAGACGACGGAUUCAACCUGUCUGACGCUCUGGAUGAUCUGGCGCCGCCAUCAACACCUGCAAAGCCCAAAGAGCAGCCCAAGGCUCCCGAGAAACCCAAAACUGACGGGGGGCUGGAACUCUCCGAUGCGUUUGCACCAGAUGAGCCAGCUCCGACUAAAAAACCCAAGAAACCGAGUUCUGGAGAUACGGGUGGUGUUGAGUUCGAUCUGGAGGAUGCUCUGGGUCCAGACCCCAACCCCAAACCGGACAAACCUGCAGUGCACCCCGCAGACCCCGCAAAGCCCCGAGGUGGAGGAUCGUUUGGAGACUCUGAUUUGUCCGAGGUCAGUGACGGAGACUACAAACCUGAUGGAGGACGCUCCGGAGGAGGGCGAGCGGUGGACCCCGGCUACAAUUCUCAGGGUGGUGCUGGCGAUCAGCCUCAAGAAGCUGGAGCCGGGACGGUUGCGGGCAUCGCCAGCGCUAUCGGAGUGGCGCUGCUCGGAGCGGCGUCCAGUUACUUUGCUUACCAGAAGAAGAAGCUCUGCUUCAAGAUACAAGGAGGUGCGGAUCCAGAGAGUGGUAAAGGCCAGCAGUCUGAUCCCCAAGUUUUCAGCGAACUGCUCAGGACGUCCUAAACUCCGUCUGCAUCUGACAACUUAGUGGCCUUCUCUCCAAAACUCAACUUCAUCCAACUGUCCGUCAACUGCCAUCUUCAGUCUGAAGGAUUCCUCUUUCCUUUUACACAACUUCAUCCUCACUUGAAAACUAUAAAUACCAUUAGUUGUGCAUCAUUUAUUUCAAACCAACCCCGGCCAACAGCUGAGCUUUUUAUGAUGAUUUCAAUUACUCCUACCAUUCACAUGAAUUCAUUUAGGCCUGAAACUAUUGAUAAUCUUCACUGUGGAUUAAUGUGUGGAUUAUUCUCUGGAUGAAUGGAUUAGUUGUUUGUUCUCUAAAAUGUCAGAAAAAUGUGGAUCAGUGUUUAGUAGGAGUUUUAUUCAGUCAUCAAAAAAAUACAUAUCAAACAGUAAGCAGUGACUGAAAGGAUUAGGCUGAAGCAAAAGCUUAUAUAUGCCUCUCCUGUGAUCUUAUCCAUUAAAUCGAUUAAAUCGAACUGCCUCAAAGGAAAAGGAAAUAAAAAACAAGAUAUAAGUAAAGAAACAAGAAAAUUAUUCUCAUUUGUAACCCUCAAAAAUAGCAUUACAAACCAUUUUCUUAAAAAACAAAAAUUAGUUGCACAUUUUUUAAUUUAUAUUGACAUUGUUCCAUAAUUUUACCCCAACUGUAGAAAUAACUAUAUUUCUUUGUUUUCUUUUUGAAAAGUAAGUUAAAAAUACCUCUCAAUAUUUACUUUAAUAUAUUGAAGAAAAGAACUUUGGAUACGGUAUGGAAGUGAUUUUAAAUGUUCCCCAAAGCCCAAGACGACUUCAAAUGUCUUGUUUUGUCCACAACUUGAAGAUAUUCAGUUUACUAUCACAGAGGAGAGAAUAAAAUAGAAAAUAUUUACAUUUAACAAGAUGACAUCAUACAAGUUUCACUAUUUUUACAUAAAAAAUGUCUGUCUUUCAACUCAAAUAAGUGUUCAAUUUGACAUUGUGUGGUUUGACAUUGUUUGGAAGUAAGAGAUCAAAUGUUGUAUAUGUAACAUACUGUGUAAGCUUCAGCUUUUCGUUAUUUGUGUGCUGCAAAAUGUAUUGUCUGUAAUUUGAUUCCUUAAAGUUUUUGUUAAAGCGGCACCAUCCCAUAUUUUUAUAUUAUUAUUAUUAUUAUAGCGUCCGAUCUGCACCAAACUUGGCACAUAGUAUCUCCAGAUGGGCCUGAACAAACUUUUUUUAAAUAAUUAAGCUUUGUUUUCAAAAACACACAAAUUGCUAAUGUAUUCUUUUAGCUAGCUACAAAACCACAAACGUUAGUCUAUCUCGAUCAAAUUAAAUGUUAAAUUAACACUAAAAUGGAGAUUCUGGAUUGCCAUGACACGCAGGUACGGCAACAAAUUUGGCAAAUAUUGGCCACUAGAGGGCGCUGCAAAUGCGAAAAGUUUAUAUCUCAUGAAGGGCUCAUGCGAUUUUUACAGAACUUGGAGGGUACUCCGAAGGCCACGCCUACAAUUUUGUACUGAUUGGUCAAAGUCGGCGGGGCCUAUUACACCCCCAAUAAAUGGGCCAUUGCACUUUGGUUUCAACUUUUAGUCUUUCUUGUUUUGAGAGAAUAACGUUUUUUGGAUGUGGUGUAUUUUAUCAGUUUUAUUUCUCAGCUUUGACUCUUGUUGCUUGCUGUAGCAGAGCAUCAGCCAGGAAACACGCACGUAAAGUUUCAUAAAAUCAGAACUGAUGCCUCGACGGCUUUACGCUGUAAAAAGUCCCAUGAGAUAUCAAUGUGUGGAAAGAUAAGCCUGAUUGGUUUAUCUGUCUCUGGGGGCAGAUCAUACACACAUUUUGGGCAAAUCAUUUGAGAAACAUCUUGAAAAUAUGUCAGAAUCUUCAAUAUGAUUUUGAUGCAUUUCUGUCCCUUUUUUCAGCAUUUUUGUUGGCUUUUUUUGUUGCAUUAUUAGUUUCCUUUUUCACCUUUUUUAACACCUUUUUUGAUGCCUUUGGGUCGACCUUUUUGAUGCAUUUUUCCAUCUAAUUUUUCGGCCUUUUCAUCAGGUUUUUUGUUGCCUAUUUUGUUGCCCUUUCACACGUUUUCGUCUGUUGCCUCAGGGGCUUGUGUUAUGAUGUUAAAAACAGUUGCACGCUGUAAAUACUUGAGAAUAAUGUGUAUAAAUCCUCUGCUUUAGGCCUGAUGCUGCAACGAUCAUGAUCUCUGUCUGAACAUGUUUUGUUGUGUCUCAGUUUUACUUCCGGUAUAUUUACAUCUAAAGAUUAGACGAAUGUUUCUUUUGUGAGUGGAUUUAAAGUGUGUGCACGUUUUCAAUAAAGUGGUGUUGUACAGUU